GUCAUUCCUAAAAGGAAUCUAUGCAUUUAGGCGAUUUGGAGAGCACGCAGGGAUCGUUGGGCUCAUCUUUCUUCUUACUUGUUUUAUUAAUUUUACUUGUCGAAUACGGAAAUUGUAGUUAAACUUGCCUCAGUAUCCGAGAAAUAUCUUUUUUCAUGUUAAACGGAAGAAAAUAAUAAUUUAUUUUAUCACUUUGUGAUUCUUUAGUGCAAAAAAUCCACGAUUUUAAUAAAAUAGAUUAAGAGAAAUUUAUUGACAUGGCUCUCGACAAAACGAUAAAAUGAAUUAUUGUUUUCUUCUGCUUAAAAUGUGGUAAAAUAAUUUUCCGAAUACUGAAACAAUUUUAAUUAUCAUUCUUAGAUUAAGCAAGUGAAAUUGAGUAAAAAAAAAAGCGAGUCCAACAAUCCCUUCCUAAAAUACAUAGGCUUCUUUUUUUCACUGUCAAAAUGUAAUAUGAAGAGUAAUAUGUUUAAAUGAAGAGUCUACUAAAAAAUGAGGACCCUGGAGAUAUGUUACAACUGUUACAAGAAUACUUUCUAACAUUAGAAUGCCGGUCAUCAUUCUUCGGAUUUGCUUAGAUGUUUGUAAAAUUGGCAUCGAGGAGGAAUUCGAAAGAGGUGCGCAGAAAGUCGACGCGCAGCGAGCGGGCAAUUCUCUUUCGAGUUCGAACCGCUCAGUUGGUUGGAGGGAAUCAUACGGUUGCUCGUGCGGGUCCGAAUAACACGUAUUUCGUGUUAGUCCGAUACAGGAGAUUCAGUAGAAGACAGAGGGAAAAAGGUCGGUUGAAAGAAAAAGGAUCGUGAGUGUCGAUGAGUCCGGGUGGUGGUAAACCGGUCUGAGAAUGAAGGCGAUUGGCUGGAUUCUGGCGUAUGUGCUAUUGGCAGCUGCAUUUACGAAAAAUGUGCGUGCAACGAGUGCCGCGGAUGUCAAAUUUUCGAGGGACAGCAACAAAAUCGCACGAUGCAAUGCCACGAAACUCGGGCUCGUCUCGGAGCCAACGUCGCUGAAUCUGAACGUCGACGGUCUUCGGAGUAUCCUGGUUAACCCAUUCAAAAGAAAACCAGUUCAAGAUAUUAAGCACGAAGAGUCCCGCACUUUUGGACAUAAGAGAAUUCAGUUCAUGCUGAUGCCGAUGAUGUAUAAAAUGGGAGUAAUGAUGACAAUGCUGAUGAUAAUAACCGCAAUCUCAGCGAAGGGACUUCUUGUAGGCAUCAUGGUGCUAGUGCUUAAGCUCAGUACCUUCCUGGCAAAACUUCAUUCCGGCUAUCACGCACCGCAACCAUGGCCAUCCGGCUACCACGCACCGCAACCAGUUCACGUGCAUGUACACAGCGGUUUUCUUCCACACGUUCACCCACAAAUGUACCAAAGCUGGGACUCGAGUGGUCCCGCAUAUGAGGAUCAACUUUACUAUAAGGGAUAAAAAUCGUAUAUAUAAAUUACAUUCUCCGACCAGAAGAUUUUUAUUGAAAAGCCACUUACGAAAAAAAUGGUUACAACAAAACGUAAUAAUCGUUGCUAGAAGCGACGUUAUUUGUACGUUUUCUGAGAUAAUCUUUGUGAUUUUGCGUCCAUUAAUUUAUUCAGAUAUUAUUAUUAAUGCCUGACUUUUAAUGGCUGUAAAUAUUAAUAUUUGCGAUGGCCAUACUUUCAGCCAUCCAGACGCUAUUUAUUGGAAGCAUUAGAAGCUUAUUCGUACGAAAAAUAAGAGUUGAAAUAUCAAUUUAACGAAUAUUAAAUUUUUUUACGUACUGUGACACAGCGACCAAUUUCUUAGCGUAUCUCAAUAUAAAUUAUGUAAUAUGCAUAUACGGGUAUACCAAAGGAAUUUUCCUAACUUAUAAUAAUAAUUAUAAGUUUGCAAAGUAUUUACUAUCAAAGAAAUACGAAGUUCCUUUUCUAAAGGAAAUAUGAGUAGCGUUUUUAUAACGCAAUAAAUAUGUAAUUAUUUAUUAAUAGUUUAAUUAUUAUAAUAUAACAUUUAUUACACACACACGCAUAUAAGAUGUACCACAUGACGCACCUUCAAAAUAUGUAAACGAAUCGGAUAACGUUCUAUUGCACAUUGCAUGGCGAAUUAAAAACAAAACAUAAUCUCUGUAAUUACCUUCAUCAAACAAGAACUACAAAAUAUUAAUUUGGCUGUAACUAUGAGAAAUAUGUAUAACGUAGACCUACAUUUCCGUACCAAAACGAAAAGUAUUUAUAUUUAAGAAUUAACUACAUACAUACCUCAUAUUAUUAAUAAGAUUAUUAUUAAUAUAUUUAUGUUACACAAUACGAUAGAUUAUCCAUCGUUUUUUAUUGUAAUGUAUUUAUAAAUUAUAUAUUUACUUUCAGA